AUCAGCAAGGUCCUCCCCCCCGAUAGGCGGUGUUUUCCUCCCUUCCCAGGCGGGUGAAGAAGGCCGCGGUUAUCGAUUCCACUGCUGGUAGAGGGAGGAGGAAGCAUCAGCAGAGAAAAUGGCGGCCGUGGCUGCAACUGCGGCGGUGCCGGGUGAUGGGGGAGCCGGCGAAGCCGAGCCUAUUCCGGGCAGCGAGGCCGGCGCAGACCCGCUCCCUGCCGGCACUCAGGCCGCCGUGGAGUCAGCGGUGCUUGAUGCCAGGGAGGAGCCCGAACCAGCUCCGGGUGGAGAGGCCGAAGAGCCGCCGCCACCGCCACCCGGGAGCCCAGCGGGGACCCGAGACCUGCCGCAGGCCCAGCCCAGCCCGGACCCCGUGGGAGAGUUGCCUCAGGCCCCCUGCCCUCUCACCGCGGAGGUCUCCGAGCUUCCAGAGGAGGACGACGACGAAGAGGAGGAGAAGAAGCAGCAGCACCAACCCUGCUUGUCGCUGUUGCCGCCGCCUGCAGCUGGGGGCCCCGCGGGGCCGGAGCCCGGGAAGGAGCCGCCCCGGCCGGAGGAGGAGGAGCCGGAUGCUAUUACUGCCGCCACCGUUGCGAAGCAGCCGGACCUCUCGGUGUCCGUGGAACAGGAGGCAGCCGCUGGAGAGGACGAGCAGGCGCUGUUGCUGCCGGGCUCGGAAGUGCUGGUCACCCUGGAUCACAUCAUCGAGGAUGCGCUGGUGGUGUCUUUCCGAUUCGGAGAGAAGCUUUUCUCCGGGGUCCUCAUGGACCUCUCCAAAAGGUUUGGACCCCAUGGAAUCCCUGUGACCAUAUUUCCCAAAAGGGAGUACAAGGAUAAGCCUGAAACAAUGGAGCUCCAAAGUAAAUCAUUCCAAGAUGAGAGACAAGUGAAGUGUGAAGCCAAUGGUGUAGUCACAGACUCUCCUCCCAUCCAGCCAUCAGAAUCUAGCCUGGCUAAAAGCCUAUGGACUUCCAAACCACCACCUCUUUUUCACGAGGGAGCACCGUAUCCUCCUCCUUUGUUUAUCAGGGACACAUAUAACCAGUCAAUACCUCAGCCUCCGCCUCGGAAAAUUAAACGACCCAAGCGGAAAAUGUACAGGGAGGAACCCACUUCUAUUAUGAAUGCUAUCAAACUACGACCCAGGCAGGUCUUGUGUGACAAAUGUAAGAACAGUAUUGUUGCAGAAAAAAAAGAAAUUAAGAAAGGCAGCAAUACAAGUGACUCCUCAAGGUAUGAGGAUAGUAGAAAACGAAGAAAUGAGAGCGUAACUACUGUGAAUAAAAAAAUUAAAACUGAUCAUAAAGUUGAUGGGAAAAGCCAAAAUGAAAGCCAGAAAAGGAAUUCUGUGGUCAAAGUUGCAAAUAUUGGCCACAGCAGAAGCAGAGUAGUCAAAGUUACCACUCCAGCAAAUACUUCAAAAACACAGUUAAAUACUAAAAAAGUUCUCCAGAGCAAAAACAUGGAUCAUGUAAAAGCUCGGGAAGUUUUGAAAAUAGCCAAAGAGAAGGCACAAAAGAAACAGAGUGCAACCUCUACUUCCAAAAAUGCACAUUCAAAGGUCCACUUCACACGACGUCUUCAAAACACCAGCUCAGGUUCCCUGCCCCCACGAUUGCGUUUAAAGCCACAAAGGUACCGCAAUGAAGAAAACGACUCCUCUCUCAAGACAGGGCUUGAGAAAUUGCAGAGUGGCAAGAUGGCAGCUAAGCCUCAGUCUUGCUGCUCCUCUACCCGCUCAGCAGCACAGAGACAUUAAUCGCCUACUGUAUUUAUGGAACCUCCCUACAUUGCCAUGAAGAGGGUCAGCUAACCAGGCAUGACAUACAUCUGAAACCUAGAUUGUAGUGUGUACUGGGGGAGAACUUUUUUCAAAGAAACAAACCUUUUCCAGGAUAUCUGUACUUAUUGUAAAUUUACUUUGGAAUUUGAAGUGUUAGAAAAUAUUUUAUAAACUUUUUUGCAAUAAACAAGGCAUGAGCCAAGGAGCCUGUUCAAGAUGAACAUGCAAGGAACCACUUGAAUUACUAGUAUGAAGAACCACGAAGUGUACUCUUAAAAUGUGAUAGUCUGAAUAGGCCCCAGCAAUGGAGUCAAGACAUCUGGAAAGUUGGCUGUAAAUUUCUGAACAUUUACUUUUGUUCUUAGUGUGUGUUAUAUUUUACAUCUUAACAGACUUUAGUCUUUAGUACAGGUGUUAACCGAGCUGUAACCUAUUACUGGAAGCAUGUCCACAUUCAGCUGUGGUGUUAAGUACUGAUAGUCCUGUUUUGAGACAAAGGUUUCCCGUAGGGAUGGAGGCAAGGGCAGCAAUAGCGGACUCCUGAAUAAUUAUGGCAAAGAUUUGCCUUUCUGGAAGCUUUCUUUGAUGGCCACAAUCAGAGAUCGUUCUAUGAAAUGCUGCGGGGGAGGCUGGCAUCACUGACAAUACACAAAAGUGUGUCUGUGCUUGCAAAUCUCUAGCAGUAUCCACCCUAAAGAAUAGAUACAGCUAAGAUAAAUAACUGGUAUCCAAAGACAUGUUUCCAUUCUAGCAUAGGGAUAUAUUGCACAUUAAAUUAGUCAUGGCUUGGUUGUAACUAACGUAUUCAUAACAAACUGCUGCUAGAUUGGGUUUUAGCAUUUCUAAGGUCUGUUGGUUUACAGGCCCCUCCCAGCUAUAACAAGUCUUAACUCUUAUCAAUGGGACUUGAGUAUUUAACUGUAAAAUGGUUUCAUUUUUCAAUGAAAGUAAAUCUUUUUUUCCCAUGGGCUUGCAUCCACUGUCAAAAUAACUACUACUUCAUAAACUGCUUUUCAUAUUUAAAGGUUAUAGAACCUUAACUUGCAUUUCUUUUCUUAACAGAUCAGGAUUCCCCAGGUAUCUUGAUGAGAUAAUAAACAAGUCAAAAUGAAAGCAAAAUCUAAAGUCUGAUAAAAUACAAAUAAAGUUCCCUCGAAAUAAGGAUGUCAUCUACACAAAAACUUAAGACUUGUGUGGCAUUAGGAUAACCCUUUCCAGAUUAAUGGAAGAGACCUUUUCCAAAGUUACUCAUACCAGCAUAUACAAACUGAAGUGUUUUCAUAAUUCCCAUGCAUGUUGUUGUAAUCAUACAAAUUUUCCCCUUGGCUUUGACACAUUUAUAUUUUUAAAUAGCAUUUUAAACAUGGGAAAGAUGUAUGAAUAAGUAUAUUACAAUGCAAUUCUAUAUUAAAUAUUUACUAAAAUUGUCUGAAAACAUUUUAAAUUUUAUUUAUGAAACCGUAGCACCUACUUUAAAAAAAUCUACAUAAUGAUUAAUAGGUUCAACUGCCACUUUUCAUAAGAAAUUGGAAGGGAUGUUUAAAAGACAAGCAAUUGCUUUGCAGUAGUCAAAACAAAAGAGAAACACAGUACACUACAAUUUUUCAGUAAGAUUAGAAGCUAAUUUGGGGAAAAUAGAAGAUACUGCAGUGAGUCAGUGCAAUAAAGCUUGCCUCUAGAGACAAAACAAGCAUCUUUUUUAUUUAAAAGCAGGGUCGGAUGUCUUCACUGGAGAAGGUGCGCACCCCUUGGGAGGUAACCAUGGCACAAAAUGAUAGUUUCUACUCAGGAAAAUGGUGUGGGCUGUAGGAGCAAGGGUACAUAUCUCGAUUGACAAUGGGUGGAGCCAGUAGUGCCUGCAUAGACAACAUCUUACUUUUAGCCUGUGCUCUUAACUCCUUCUCGAGCACUAACACUGCCCAUUUUACAUCCAUAACACUGUAUGAAGUGGGAGAGCUGCAGGUUUAUGGGUAAAAUAAAGGGUAAGGCUGAAAAAGAGACAAAACGACUAGUUUGUACUUACCCAUGAAGAACUGAGAAACUGCAGCCACCUUGUCUUUCACUUUGAAAUGAUAUUGUCAGGGAAAAUUGUUGUGGUAGAAGUAAUGUAUUGCUUUUCACCUUUUUGCUUUCGUUGCUUAAUAUUUAAGCUUUGCUCCAUGCUACCUUUAUGUCUGUAUGCUACGUCACUAUGCCUCCUUCAUUUGGUAGACUUGAAUGAGGAAAAAUUCACCUUUUAAGGUUCACUUGAAAUUAAAUGUUCAAGAAUGUUGUGUACCUAUUCAAUAUGUACCUAUUCAAUAAAGCCUUGAUU